AUGAUGAAUGAAGGACAGCCAUGCGAAAAAGCAGGGUUUCGAAAAGGGUUCAGUACGUUUGACCACAUACACACGGUUUCAAAACUCAUAGAGGUAUCGCUAGAGCACGGGAUACCGUUGUGUCUCACUUUCAUCGAUUCGAAGAAAGCCUUUCAUACAGUUGAGGCGGAGGCGGUCAUGGGGACCUUGGACAAAAAAGGCAUCCUUACUCCAUACAUAAAGGUACUUCGUGAGUUGUUUAGCAACUUCACGACCGAAAUUUCGCCAUUCUACAAGAAUAUCAUCAUUGACGUGAAGAAAGGGAUUCGACAGGGUGACACAAUCUCACCCAAAGUAUUUACAGCACGGCUCGAGAACGGUGUGCGAAAGUUGGAAUGGGACGACAUGGGAGUGUAG